CCGCGUCUAGAUCUUUCUGCAUCGAGGGUACGCGAUCUCCUAUUCAUGCACGUGUUGUGUAUACGUACGACUAGCUGCAGAAUUUGCUUGUACAACAUUGCACCACGCGCUAUAAAUUGUGUUGGAAACGCCUAGGCCAGGGCGUGAUUUUAUUUUGUUCGUGACAGAAUAGAAAGGAUAAGGUUAAAAUGGAUCCGGGAGAACUCAAGUUGUUAAAAGAAUUUGUAACUGUUUGUAAGGCAAAUCCUGAAAUUUUACACACUCCACCUCUCGAGUUUUACAAAGAAUAUCUGGAAAGUCUUGAUGCCAAGAUCCCAGGGCCUAAGGAAACGCCAAGCACAUCAUCAGGAGCAGCCUCAUCAGAGCCUUCUGCGCAGGCUCCUCUAGCACCAGAACCAGAAGCAGAACCAGAACCAGAAGAACCUAUGGAUCCAGAGAGUGAAGAGAGUGAUCUGGAACUUGACAAUGAGGGCGUGAUUGAACCAGACACAGACGAGCCUCAACCCAUGGGAGACACGAGCAAGGAGGUUACAGAUGAGAUGCAGGACGAAGCCAACAGCAAGCGAUCGGAAGCCAUGGCGGCCGUGUCAGAGGGUAACAUUGAAGAAGCCAUCAAGAUCUUCACAGAAGCCAUUGAGAUCAACCCACAUUCUGCCCUGCUUCAUGCAAAGAGAGCUAGCUGCUUUGUUCGUCUCAACAAGCCCAACGCAGCGAUCCGUGACUGUGACAAGGGAAUUGACCUCAACCCAGACUCCGCCCAGGUCUACAAGUGGAGGGGUAAAGCUCACAGGCUGCUGGGGCACUGGGAAGAGGCCUUCCGGGAUCUUCAGAUGGCCUGCAAGCUGGACUACGAUGAAUCGGCCUACGAGAUGCUCAAGGAGGUGGAGCCCAGGGCCAAGAAGAUUGUAGAGCACAAGAGGAAGUAUGAGAGGAAACAUCAGGAACGAGAAUUAAAUGAGAAGAAGGAGAGGAUCAGGAAGGCUAAACUAGCAGCAGAGAAAGCACGCAAGGAAGAAGAAGAGAGAAGGAAGCGUGAGGCAGAAGAAGGAUUCCCUGGCGGAUUCCCUGGCGGGUUCCCUGGAGGAUUCCCAGGAGGCAUGCCAGGCGGCUUCCCUGGGGGAUUCCCCGGUGGAAUGGGCGGCGGUGGCAUGCCUGGGGGAUUCCCCGGAGGUAUGCCCGGAGGUAUGGGCGGCGGCGGCAUGCCUGGUGGUAUGCCAGGGGGAAUGGGCGGCGGCAUGCCUGGUGGUAUGGGCGGUAUGCCUGGUGGUAUGCCUGGCGGCAUGGGUGGCAUGCCUGGUGGCAUGGGCGGUAUGCCAGGCGGCAUGCCCGGUGGAAUGCCUGACAUCAGCGGCAUCAUGUCUGAUCCAGAGAUCCUUUCGGCUUUCCAGGAUCCUCAAGUCCAAGAAGCCUUUGCUGACAUCAGCUCCAACCCCGCCAACAUCGCCAAGUACCAGAACAACAAGAAGAUCACUGACCUCAUCGCCAAGAUGCAGUCCAAGGUCCCCAGAGGAGCGGGCGGAGCCGGACCACCGGGCGGGGCUGGAGGACCACCCGGAGGACCUCCAUCACCACCCCCACCAGCCUCUGGAGAACCCUCGGCUCCUGGAGCAAGCACUCAAGACAUUGAUUGAGCCGUUGCUACAAUGUAUGUUCCUACUGUCACAUUGAUUCCAAAUGCAUCUAAGAUGACGUUACGUAUCCACUUCAUGCAUGUAGAUAUUAAGUCUCUGUUCUCUGGAUGAAGACUAUGUUGUAAGAGGUACCAAUCCAUAAGGCCUUUAAAAAAAGAUGUUGCAUUGCCCUUUGCGACCAACCCCCAAUUUUUUUUGU